CUCUACUAACGUUAAUAAUAAACAUUACUUUUACUAAAAAAUCACUGCUUUCUUUAUCUGCACAUGAAGCGAGUUACUAUGGUUUCAAUGGAAACGUACUUGUUCACAAGAUGUAACGAAGAAAAGUAUAAUACUUUGCCUUUUGAAAUUUUAAUCAUCACAUGAUCUGAAUAGUACGCUUUUAUAAUAAGAGGAAAUGUCUGGAAAAAUCAUCAGAAUUGUAUACUUUGGAAUAACCUGAAAGCUCGGUAUUUGCUUAUCUAGGGGCCGGUAGCUAAUAAAGAAGAAUCUUUCAAGGCGCGUUGACCGUAUCCAGUCCAAGAUUCAUCAUAAACACGGACAUCAGUAAACCCACACAACUCAAGAGCAACGAAGAGCACAGAGGCGGUUACGCCUGAACCACAUGAGGUGAUAAUUGGAGUAGAUUUGUCAUGGAGGCCAUGCUCUGCAAAUAUCUUUUCAAGUUCCUCUACUGGCUUGGGCUCGGUGAUUCCGGGUUUUACAAGAUCAGUGAAGGGAAUGUUAAUAGAUGUUGGGAUAUGUCCACUGGCAAUGCCAGGUCGGAUUUCAGCUGCAGCACCGGUGAAUCUGGGUUGAGGGCGAGCGUCAAUGAUGCGAGUGUUGCUACUUGAAGGAUCUUUCAACACCUGAGAAAUAUCUUCAAAUGAGGCAACCAAAUUUUUGUUGAGUAAAGCAUCUCCAUAAUUGACUUUAGCUGGGGUAGAAGGAUCAUCUGUUUCUAAUUCAUGACCAGCAGCCUUCCAUUCUGCAAAUGCAUUUGGAAACAAAAAUACAUUCUUAUGGCCAAAAACUUUAAAGGUCCAAUAAACACGUGGAGAUGAGAAAAAUCCUUUUCUGUCAUAAACGAUUACAUUUGUCUAUAUCGGGUUAGCAUUGCUUCUGCAAUUUCAAAAGACUUUACUUACGUUUCGAUCGAUCCCGAGAUUUCCAACAUACGUAGCAAACUCUUCAGCUGGAGGAAGCAUGUGAGGUAGAGCAUUACGAUGGUCUUUGGCUUCAUCAAUCCCAAAAUAUUGAGCUCCUGGUAGUCGAUUUUGAGAGAACUCCUGUCUUCCGUCCUUGGAUUCCGUGGGCAAAUACCAGGUGGCAUCUAAAAGAACUGAUUUUUGAGCUUGUUCCUUUAAAAGCUGAAAAACAUUUUUGGCGUUUAGUAUUGCGUUCAUUCUCAUGUGCGUCGUAAGCAUUCUUCUCUUUACAAAGGGCUGUUUUUACUUCUCUUGUCUCUUGCUUUUUAUUGUAUGUAUAAAUAAAUCAUGCAAUUUUCUUUGCAAUAUUGCUAAUCCCUGCGCUCGCACAACAACAGGCGUAUAAUACGAUACAGUAUAUUAUAUUAUACUAUGUUACUUCAUGGGCACUUGGUGAACGUUGUAGUUUUGAGUGAACUUGGUUGGAUCUACAGCUUAUUUUGAAGAAAUUCUAUAUGGAUAUACAAUAAAUUAAUUAAUAAAUAGAGGAAAACUAAAAAAGUGCCAGGUUAAUGAAGGCACUUCUGUGAUGAAAUGCCAGAACAACGGUAUCCGAGAAAAUGACUUUCUACUUCGUAAACUGACUUUUUUGUCCUUCAAAAAAAGGGUUUUCCAGACAUGUCUUUAUAACCAUAAAUCUAUAUAUAUGCGGUUUACCCGUGGACACAAAGGGAUAUAACAUUAUUUGCCAAAGAUAAUGAUCAUCGUCGUGAAAAAUUAUUAAAUUAGGUAAAAACGAAAGUAGGAUGCAACGGAUAAAACAAAAAGAAUCCUAUAUGGUAUGAUCAUGAAACGAAACGAAUAUUGUCGAAAAUAUAAAUAAAAGAACCAUUCACCUUGGUUACUUGUAUAUAUAAGAAGUUUUUCCAAAAUAUCUUUCCAUGCAUGGGAAAGAAAGCUCAAAAAUCCUUCCUAAACUAUUUUUCUCGUUAUUUAGAUACGCUAUAAUAAUUAAUAACACAAAAAAAAAAUCCAAAUCACUUGUACGAUUAUUGGAAUUUGUCAGUUUAACGCCUUUGCUUAAGGCGGGCAAGUAAUGUACUGGAACUAACUGGACCAGAAGUCUUAGGACUUUCAGAAGGUAUAUUUUUAUGUGGAACACCACCAGCGGGAGAAUCAGUUCUGUUCCGAUUGACAGCGAGCUGUUGCCGCCGAGAAUUAGCGACAGCACGAAGGGCUUCAUUAGCAACUUUCGACGCUUCUUUUUCUACGAGUAAAGUUUCAGGUUGAGAAGCUUCCAUAAUUUCAUCAUGCUUUAGUGUACUUUGAAUUCCAGCACUCGCAAAAAUGUCCUCAAGUACAGAUUCAUCGCCACGUGUAUUUUUGGAAGACUUAUCCUUCGUAACAUUAGUAUCCUCUGGUGGUUUGAAUUUUUCCAUAGAAGCAAUUCCAAUUUUAUCGAAAACCUUUCGAUUCUUUUCCUCACUACUCUUUCCAUCAACUUCUUUUCGAGAUUUUUGUUUUCUACUUCCUUCCUCUUCAUUACCUUUAGGGUGUUUUUUAAAGACUCGUUCUACUCCCAAAAACAUGUUCCCAGUCUCUGUUCCUUCUUCCUUAUCGCUACCCAAGGAAAAUAAAUCAUGUAAGUCAGUCAUUUUAAAAAAUCGCCGCUGCUUUGGAUCUUUCAAUAUCUUAUUAGUUAAAAAUUGCUUAAAGAUUUGGCGGUGAUAUAUUUUUUCCUCUAUUGUUCCAGCAGUCAUUAGGCGAUACACUACAACGUCUCUUUUUUGACCUAAUCUCCACGCUCGUUCACGAGCUUGAGCAUCCGUAGAUGGAUUCCAGUCUGGGUCAAAUAAAAUAACACGAUCGGCACCCGUUAAAUUAAUGCCUAACCCACCAACACGAGUCGUUAAAAGAAACACAUCAUAAAUACCGUUCUUGUUAAAGUUAUCGACUAAACCAUGUCGAAGACCAAUCGAAGUCCCUCCGUCCAUACGGCAGUAACGAAGCCCCGGAAUAUCUUUGAUACUGGUUUCCAAAAUAUCAAGCAUUUGUCGAGUUUGGGAAAAAAGUAAAGUGCGAUGCUUUUGCUUCUUCCAAAGCUUCAACAAAGAUAUUACAACCUUAAGUUUUCCGGAUUUUUCGGGAUCUCCAUAAUAAUAGUCCUUUUUCUGAGACAUGAACUCACGCAUAACCAAAUCCGGAUGAUUACAUAUCUUUCUUAAAAUGUCAAUUCCGUAAAGCAUUUGACGUUUUCCAUUUAAAAUUUUUUGCAUAUCUGAACCAUUUAAAAAGUCUUGAUAUGCUUUGCGUUGAAGAGGAGUAAGCUUGCAAAAUAAAACUUGCUCGGAUUUUUUCGGAAGGUCUGAGGCUACGUCCAGCUUCAUUCUUCGUAAUAAGUAUGGAGAUAUUAAAUCACGAAGCAUACAAGCACACUUGUAAGCAGUUUGUACUUGAACAUUUGAUGCGUUUGCAUAACCGCCAAUAUUAAUUGGAAGAGCAAACUGAUUUUGAAAAACAGGAAGCGUUCCUAGUCGGCCCGGAAAAACAAAGUCAAACAAAUUCCAAAGUUCAAUGAGGUUGUUCUGGAUCGGUGUACCGGAAAGAAUAAUUCGAUGAGGAGUUUUCACCUGCUUACAAUUCACAGACAUUUCAGAAUCCGGGUUUCGGAUCUUAUGUCCUUCAUCUAAAACACAAUAACCCCAUUCUCGUGGUAAUAAUAAAUCACUAUAAAGCCGCAAUCCGGCAUAUGUCGUGAUUAAAACAUGGCCUUUAGUAAAUACACUAUCCACUAAAGCUUUGGCAUAACUAUGGAAAGACUUAGAAGCAUUUGGGUUUAUAACGUCUUCCGCAUUAUCCUCCUCUUCCAAAGACUGAUACUGCCUUUUUUCUCGAGUAGCAACAGCACCGCUACCAGUGGCAUGCAAAACAACGACACGUAAUGGACCCCACCAUUGGUGAAAUUCAUUGACCCAUUGUUUCAUUAAAGUAGCUGGACAAACAAUCAAAGCCGGCUUUUCAUACAUCCUUGAAUGAUGAAGCGAAGAAAUAAAAGAUACAAUUUGUAUUGUCUUUCCUAAACCCAUUUCAUCACCAAUAAUACCUCCUGCUUCUUGGCUGUAUAAUUCCCACAGCCAUUGCACACAAGUAACUUGAUAUCGAAAUAAAUGAGGUCGAAUGUCACCAGGAAUGGUGAAACCGCCUUUAUAGGUUUGUCCAGCUUUAGUUGGAUGUGGUUUGAACCACUCUUCUGUAUCUUCUAUUAACGAAGAUUGAAUAGCAGAACCCAUUUCAGAGGAAGCCUCAUUUUUUUCUUGCUUUCUUUUUUCGGUUUUUUGACGUAACUGACUACGCUCAGUACACCAUGAAUGUAGACGCUUACGAUACACCAAAUCAUCGCCGUCAUCCACAGCUGAAGUAGUUGCUUGUUCUGCAAUGUCAUCGACUUGGGCGUAAUCUUCGUCUCUCUCUUGUUUUAACUCAAAUUCUUGCUCUUCAGUUUGCUCGUCAAUAUAAUUACUGGCACCAGUGUCAUCAGUAACUUCAGGUUCUUCAGGUAACGUUUGGUUACUUGGCUGAUUUCUAUCAACGUUUGAAGCUUCUUUUUCGAUACCGGAGAACCUCCCGAAAGGUGUUAUCUUACCAGUACGAAUCAAUUCUUGGCGCUCGGCUUCUUCUAGUGCAUGAGGAUCGGUAAAUGCAGCCUGCUGGCCUUCCCCAACGCCUUCCAUGCGCAAUUUAAUAUCAUUUUCAUCAGACUUCAGAUUUUGAAGCGUCGAGCGAAACUUAUCCAGCUGUUUUCGAAGAUUUCCUUUCACACUAAUUUGCGUCAAGCGACUGUCGAUUCGAUUUUCGAGCUGACGACUUUUUUGUUCAACAGCAUGAAUCUCCUUCCGUACCUUUUCUAACCUUUUUCUUUCAAUUUCCCUAGUCUCACCAGCAAUAUAUUGAUCUGCUGAAUUUGUCACAUCGCGCUCCAAACUAGCCUGAUCAACGGUGAACACUCCUAAUUGGGUCAAGUCCUGAUUUGAUUCCAUGUUCGAUGAAUUUUCCGUAAUACUAAGGAAUCAUUGCUAUACAAAUUUACAAGUUAUGAUAGUUGUAACGGUGUAGAAGGCAAACACCGACUUUUACUAUGACCCUCUCCAAGCAGUGCACUAUGCUAUGCUAGUCAAGUAACAAACCCAAAGUAACAUACUAAUGUCUACUACACCUGCUAUUGACGCGCAUCGUUUUUGAAUUUGUGUUGAUAGGAGUGUGGAUGGGAAUGGAUGUCAAACAUUCCUUGAUCAAGAAACUUACAGAUAUUUAUUCAAUUAAAAAUAUUCCAAGUUUUGAAGGGAAACCAUUAGGUACCGAUUUUAAGGAAUUCGUGAAUAGCGAAGUAUGGUCGAAAAUUACUGCUGAGUUUUACAACUCUCUUGAAUUUGAAACGGCCAUUCGUUUUCGUUGUUAUGAAAUUAGAUCUGAAAAUCAAAAUUUCGAAGAGAAUGUUAAGGAGCUAUUCUUAAUCCUAGACUUGUUGGUUGUUUUAAAUGAAAUCGACGCUUCCUAUUGUGAUGCAGUCUUUCCAUUCUUAAUCAUAGAAGAGUUAAUGGAUAUCCAUAGUCUAAUGGAGUGCCGAAAAUUAUAUGAAUAUUUUGAAACAAGAUCGGUUCUUUUGGAUGGGUUGGUUAGUAAUCGUGGCCGAGGACCUGUUUUACUGCGUAUUUCAAAUGAAUUACUGCGAAGGCUUUCAGGGCAAGUUGAUCCUGCUUUAUGUGGACGCAUUCAUAUCUUACUCAGUAAGGCUUUCGCACCUGAAGAAAGAAGUGGAUCUAAUAUUCGUGGUGAUUAUAAUCUGGAAAACCCAGUCGUCACUACCAAAAUUUCAUCACCAAAUAUCCCUGUGUCGGAAGGAAACGAAGCGUCUUACUCGCGGAAAGUGCAUGAUUUAUACCAGGUGUUUUGGGAAUUGCAAGAUUUGCUUGUCCAGCCACCAAAAAUUGCACAGGAUGCGGGUAGUAUGCAAAAAUUUUUGAAUUCCACAAAUGUUAUUUUAGAGUCGUUUGAGGCUAUCCAGAAAAACACAUUCUUUAUAGAGAAUCCAAAGCCUACGAUAAAUCCUACGUCCAGUGCUUUGCUUCCGGAAAAAUACACAGUUAUUAACGAUAACAUAUGCCCAAACUACAUUCGUUCCCUUCCCCUUUUUGAUUUUCAACUGAUAGACGAAACAUUCCGUCUUCAAUUUAUGCUUCAAGUUAUCGUUUUGUGUGAUUUCCUUUUAGAUUUUUCGAAAAAACGAUUAGAUUUACGUCGAACUCGACCAUUCACAAAUAAAGCUGUCACGCCUAAUACAAGCUUAUCGGAUGAAGACGAAAAGAAUGUUUCUGCUAUACUCAACCGAAUUUAUGCUCUGUUAAAAGAAAUAAAAAAUGGCGAUUACGUAGAAACAGUUACUUCGGUUAUGAACGUGGAAAACAAUUGGAAAAAUUGGAAAGGAUUUGGUUGCCUAUCGUUUGAGAAGCCUUUGCUCGAUAAAUCUGUUUUGGAUGAAGCUGUUGCCGGUUUAAAAAAGGUUGCAAGUACUCCUCCUAAAAUCCGUUAUGCCAUGGGUAAUGCUCCGCUUACCAAAAUAUGGCAGAAUGCUGGAGAAAAUUCUUUAGAAGAUUUGAAAAAAGAAGAAAGAUAUAAAAUACCAACUCCUCAAAGCUUUCUUCCUGGUGUAAAGCGUGAUUCUGACGAAAUGGAAGAAUCGGUAAAGGAGGAUGAGCAAGAAUAUUAUCGACAGGCAAAAGCUUCGAAAACCUGGCUAGCAUUUCGUUCUGCGAUCAAUUCACAUUUGGAGGCGUUUGAGUAUACUGGACUCGGUGAUUUAGAGUUAUUAACGCAGGCUAUUGAAGGUAAUACGCAAUUACGAAAACCUACAACAAAUAUUAAUCCUGCAUUCGACAUAAAUAUUGUUGAAAAAGGUGAUGAAAAGUUACGGGAAAGAGUGAUAGAAGAAGAGAAAAAGCAGGAAAUCCAAGAAGCAACGUCGAUGGAUGAAGACAAAGGCUCAGAAGGUAAAGGAGAGCAGCAAGUUGAGCCUGCAGAUAAAGCAGAAGAAGCGAAGAAACCGAGUGACCGAGAGAAUAUAUCUACGGACUCCAAAAAGGAAAAUGGAGAAGAGACUAAUGGAAAUGAAGAUGGAAACAAAACAGAUAUCACCGAUGAUAAACCAAAUUUAGUACCGGAAGAGGAACCUCUUAAAGAAAACGCUCCUUCUGUUAAAGCUUCUCCAUCUACAAAUAAAGAAGAAACGAAAGAAGUUCAAAAUCCCGAAAUUUCAGAAAGUAAGAAACGUUUCCGAGAAGAGGGGGAUAGCAAUGAAGAAAAUGCUAGUUCAAGUCCAAAGCGUCAAAAAACGGAAGAUAAAAUUGAUACGGAGAACUAGUUGAGGUUUAAUGUAAGUAAGCAUGAUAUGGAAGCUAUUCGUCAUACUCAUUUUAAUUAAUGUCUUUUGUUACCUUUUAGAGGUUAUGGCAAUCAGUAAUUUAAAGGUUUUUUUGAUUCACAUCUUGAGUUUCUAUGCUGUAUUCGGUUAGCCGAUGAAAACAGAAGAAUGGAUUGUUUAUUUACCCAACUAAAACUCAUAUUAUUAUCCAUAAAUUUUCUCUUAUGUAGGUUCAUGAUUUUCUUUUCGGAAAGGACAUUCAAAUAUGGAAAUCCUAGAAGCAGCCAAAACAUAGAAAAGACGGAUAGUACUGAAAGAAACUAAUAUUUUAAAGUAAGC